GUUAGACAGGAGCUCAGUCUACUCGGCUGAUCCAUCGCAGGUUUCCUUGUCCCGGAAUCAGACGAAUUUGUUGAAACGGUGACCGCAGGGAUGUAUUUGCAACAUCGGCACUGUGUUAUUAUAUAGAAGAACAUUUCACAUCAUGUACAGCUAGCCCAAAUAACCUCAUGAGGGAGAAGAUGUUUCAUUCAGAAGAAGUUUGAAAAGAUGAACUUUUCAGACAUAAAACAAUUGCAUUUAGAAGCAGCUCGGCUCCAGACAUUUGAACACUGGCCUCUAGCCUCCGCAGUCAACCCCCAGCGACUCGCCAAGACGGGGUUUUAUUAUAUCGGACCGAGUGACAGAGUGAGGUGUGUCUUUUGUAACGGAAUCCUCAAGAGUUGGCUCCCUAAUGAUGAUCCAGAAACAGAACACAGAACCCACUUCCCCGACUGCCCAUUCCUGCUGGGUAGGGAGGUGGGAAAUGUUCCCAUGGCAACACAGCAGGCAGCAAGGCCAAGGUUGCUUCUCCGACUGGAGAGCGUUCGGUUUCCGGCGUAUGGGGAGAUUGGUACCCGCUUGGAGUCGGUGUCUAGACUGCCAGGGAGUGUACUGCAGGACAGACAGGUGAUUGCGGAGGCAGGCUUCUUCUAUACAGGCUAUGGUGACAGCGUCAGGUGUUUCUCCUGCGGAGGUGCAUUGCGGAACUGGCAGGAGGAUGACGACCCCUGGAUUGAGCACGCGCGGUGGUUUCCCCGAUGCCCCUACGUCCGUCAGCAGAAGGGGAAUGAGUUUGUAGAUGACAUUGAAGCCAAUUUCAGGAAUGCAGUAAGUGGCAUGUCGGUGCCGCAGUCGCCCCACAGGGAAUCUCCUGUACCAGAAAGACGCCAUGAAGAGUGGUCUCCCAUGAUCCAGGCAGUAGUGGAGAGUGGCUACAGUGUGGAGGUCGUACAGAGGGUUCUGCUUGAUCUCAAGCGGUUACGAGGUCCAAAUUCUCCAAUUGAUGUGCAAAGCUUGAUGGAAGCCGUUAUGAGGGACCAGGAGGAAAAAGGUGGCUCCGGAUCAGCAUCACAGGCUCGUCCUGGCCCAUCAGGUUCACACUGGGACCCCGAGGAUCGAAUCAUCUGUAAGAUCUGCAUGGAGCGAGAGGUCGAGGUCACCUUCCAGCCCUGCGGCCAUCUUGUUUGUUGUGAGGAAUGUACCCAUCACAUCGGGGAGUGUCCGGUCUGCCGGAGAGCAAUCCGAUCCACAGUCCGCACAUACUUAGCUUAAUGUUCAAGAAGUACAGUACAGUCAGCGUUGUAAUGGCCUUGUUAUCUUUCACUCCGACAGUGUUUCGGACUGUUGAUGUCAACGAUUCCAACUGUAAACUGUAAACUGAUUCUGUCAUAAGAUAGUAUUUUCAUCUUCACUAGAGUAUUCCUGGACCAAGUGUCAGCUGUUUCUACAGUACUUGCAGCUUGUGUUCUGAUAGUCCAGGAGAUUUAGAGCCUGAAGUGGGGGAACCAAGUCAGAAAUACCUGAGUAUUUACAGACUAAAAGACUUAAGAUAUCUUUGGUGGGGAACAUUAUCAUUAUUAAGGUUAAUUAUGAACAUACCAAUACUUAAAGAAAAAAUCAUGAACUGUUUUUUUUAUGUUUUAAAGAAAUAUCUUGAAACUUUAUAUUUUUAAGCAAUGUUUCUAGUGAAAGGUUAUAAUUUUAUUUUCAUAUUGAUAUAAAUCUGAAAAUGUUAAUUUAAAACAGUAAAACAUAUUUUAGAUUUAUAAGUAAUUUUGACAUCUAUGGAUUUAGAACUCCAAAAAUAAUUAUUUUAACAAAUUUUCUAGAUAAAUAAUAAGAGAAAAUAACAAAAAAAUUGUUCUCAAUAGAGUGUACCUGCUAAAACUAAUUAUUUUCUUACUUUAGACAAAUUUUAUUUUAUGUAUUUUCUCAUGCUUUUAGAAAAUCAUACUGCAUAACAAAUAGUCUUCAGGAAAAGAAGUGAUGAGAGUUAUCCCCCUUUGACAACGUUGACAUUGCCUUGGAACAUUUCAACUUGACUGGAUAUUAUUUUUGACAGUACAUGCAGCUUGUGUUUCACAGGUUUCCUUGAGUUUGACCACUGCCAUAUUGUGUUAUUUCAUCCAGGGGCUCACAACAGACUUUUAUACCUACUAUAUCAGAAGCUCCUCACAGCGAUAGCCCAUUCGCGGAGCUCUCCAUACCGUCGCUGCCACCAUUCAAAGCGCCCCACUGUGAUAGGUGGCCACAACCAUGCUCCUUGAAGAUCCGGGGUAGAAUAGGUCUUCAGCAACCCUUGCUUGCUGUAAAAGGCGACUGUGCUUGUUGUAAGAGGCGACAA